GCUAAUUUGGUGCUGUUCAAAUUAUUUAAUAGCUAACAAAAUAUUGUUACUCUAAACAGAAUUAUCGGAAAUGGCCUUCAUAGCAUUGGUUGCAAUAGUCACCGUAUUGGUUGGAUUUGCAACCAUUUCCAAGCAUAGCGGAAGCCGACCAAGCCCGUUGAUGGAUGCAUUCUCUUUAAAACAAAAUAUGGCCCGAUUGUUAAACACAGCAGAUCAACCUCCAAAUUUGCCCUUUUUGGAAGGAAUCCGAAUCAUCUUGAUGGUGUUGGUUCUGGUAGCUCAUGCUAAUACGGCCGUCUUGAGGACACCUCUAACGAACCCCGAUGAUAUUGAAUUGCAAAACAACAACUUCUUUUUCCCAUUGAUCAACUCGCUCAACACACAUGUGAUCUCGAUGUUCUUCACCGUGGCCGGAAUGGUCCAGGCCGAUAGCUUCCUUACCGCCAUUGACAAAUCCGUUGGACGUAUCCAAGUAGGUUUCGUUCUGCAGAAAAUCUUUCGCCGAUUGGCGAAUUUAGUUCCAGCGUACGCGUUCGUCAUCUUCUACCAGGCGACGCUUUUCCCGCGCACCAAAUUGACGCCGGUUGGAUACAAACACCAAGACUACUGCGAUCGUCACUGGUGGACGAACCUGCUGUUCAUCAACAACUAUGUUCACGCGAAUGAACCGUGUAUGAAGUUCGGUUGGUAUUUAGGUGUGGAUUUCCAGCUUUUCCUGGCUAGUUCAGCUAUAAUCAUGAUCAUUUGGAGAUUUCCUCGGAGCAAAAUGCUUUGCACUUACUUGAUGAUCACGAUCUCUCUCGCGCUACCGGCCUUUGAAAUCUACAAGGAAAAGCUGGAUGCCACGUCAACAUUCAACAUGAAACACGCCCUCACCGAUUACCUAUCGUACGAAGGAUACUUGAAAAACUACGCACCCACCACGGUCAACGCGGGAUACUACUUUAUCGGCAUGAUUGCUGCGUUCACUUACCAUCACAUCAACAAAAACGACAAUCUGCACUUCAAAGCAUUCUCCUACACUUCGAAAUUAAUCACCAGCAUCACGCCGAUAUUUCUUGCCAUUAACGGCAUUCUCUUGGUACUUCCCUCCCUGCCAAAACCGUCAAUCAUACUCGCACUCUACGGAAGUGCCCUGAAAGCCAUCUGGAGCGUAGCCAACGGAUCGCUGCUGUUGUAUCUUGCACUCAGAUCGAACUCGAAGAUCGUAGCUUUGCUAGCUCAUCCCCAGCUACGAGUACUGACCAGAUUAAGCUUCUGCGUCUACAUUGUUCAACUUUCGGUGGUUUACACGUUCUAUAGCCAUCUGAGUGUACCGAUCACGAACAAUGCAUCUCAUGCGAUAUACGUAACGUCGGUCAUUUCGUUUGUCUCGUGUGCGAGUGGAUUGAUGCUGUACCUGGCCGUUCAAGCGCCUUGCACGAUUCUUCUGAAUCGACUCAUAGACAGGAUGUUAGCAAAAAAGGAGAUUGGAAGGAGGAAAAUCGAUAAAACUUUUUAGAAGUGCAAAUAGGUCAAUAAAAUUAUUUAUGUUAAAAUUCCAGAGAAAUAGUUAUAAAGUUAUAAAAACCAA